UUGCGCGAUAAACAGCCUGAAGAGGUAAAACGUCGCAUGGAUACAAGUAAUCUUCUGCAUUUGAAGGGCAUCUUCCAGUGUGCCUCUGAACAUAGUUGCUGUAGUGCUUUCUGCAAAUCAUGUCGGAAGUUGGAAGUGGAUCUUAUUUUGAACGAUGGCGAUACUUGGGUAAAAGUGAUUUCUCGUAAUGCUAAAGGUCUUGCUAUGGAUUUUGUUACGAGUGGCCGAAGUUCAAAUCGAUCAAUCGUCGACCAAGCACAUUGUUACAAAAUUGCUGCAGCUAACUACCCUCACUUUUAUAAACCCCCAGAAAUAAUAUUUCAUUGCUUGAAUGGCGUACCAGAUAUCAUCGUCAAUGAGCUCAUUUCGUGCGGAGUUCGAGUUAUUGGCACAGUGAUACCAAUCGGCGAGCUGGUUGUUCUGCCGGAAGACUGGGAUUCAGACAGUUAUUCUUCAGAUUCGUGUUCUUCAGAGGUUCUGGAAUUGGAAAAAAGAGAGAGUAGUGUUUUGAACCUAGACAUAACGGCUGUUUUUGCGUUGAUCUCCGCAUUAACUCAUGGAGAUGGAGCAAAAUUUCACUUCGCAUCGUCAAUGUUGAAUGAUCAGGCGAGAUCUGAAAGAAAAAGUCCUGUUUUACCUCGACUAAUGAAAAUGAUGGAAGGUAAAAAGGUAAUAAUUUGUCGGACAGCUUAUGAUGCAGUUAACAACAUACUGAGCACAGUCGCAGGUCCUGAGGAAAUGCGUCGAGCUGAAGAACUGUUUACUAGAGUAGAAGUUGUUGAAGAUAAGCUUUCAGAACGAGCAAAGGCUUUGAAAAUGAGUGACAAAAUAAAUGAGCGUUCGAAGGUUAUUUUCGGUUCUGGAGACUAUUAUAAAGCAGUAACACUGACAGCAAAUCGGCAUUUUGUAAAUGCAGCAGCCUAUCAGGGAUUACGGUUUGCUGUAGUUCUUCAUGACUCACGCGCACUUAGCGAGCAGAAGCAGCUCUUGGCAGAUCCACUGUAA